CCCAUUGGCUGAUGGGCUUGCGCCUCCCUUUCCUAUUGGCUGUCGGGGCGCAGAGGCGCUGCGGGGGGCACGCGGCCAUUACACCGCAGGUGCUGCCCCGCCUUCCCGCCCGCUGGCCCCCACCCUGUCUGCUAUUGGCUGGGCGACCUGGGACUCCCUUCACUAUUGGCUGGCAGGGAGCAGGGCCCCGCCCCAACACCCUCACCUCAGCUUGGGGCCCGGAGGAGCGAUGGCGGUGUCGCGGCCGGGCCUGGGCCUGGGCGGCGGCGUUGGAGCGGCCAGGCCUGGGCAGGCCCAAGGCCAACCGGGUGGGGUGUCUCUUACAGGGAGGCUGCUGGGUGACGCCUCCUUGGUCCUCUCCCCCGCAGGGGCAGCUGUCCCAGCCUUGCCAUGGCCCCGGCGGUCUGCAGGACACUCCUGGGCCUGGCCUUGUACACCGGCAGCCUGUGUGCGGCAAGCAGCCCUGCUUUCCUCUACCACGACUACUGCAUCAUCGGGGCCGGCCCUUCAGGCUUGCAGAUGGCCUAUUUCCUCCAGCAAGCUGGCCGGGAUUACGUGGUCUUCGAGCGGAGCCAUGCUCCCGGCAGCUUCUUCGCCCUCUACCCUCGGCACCGCAAGCUCAUCAGCAUCAACAAGCAGUACACGGGCAAAUCCAACAGCGAGUUCAACCUCCGCCACGACUGGAACUCGCUCCUCAGCCACGACCGCCGGCUGCUUUUCCGGCGCUACUCCCGUGACUUCUUCCCCAACGCCGACGUGAUGGUGCGUUACCUGGAGGACUUUGCUUCCCUGCUGAAGCUGCAGGUUCAGUACAACACGGCCAUUGUCCAUGUGACAUUGGAGAGGGAUGAACAGGCCUGGAAUGGCCACUACUUCCUUCUGACAGACCAGGACAGGCAGAACUACAAGUGCAGCUCUUUAUUGGUCGCCACUGGGACGUGGGUCCCCAACGUGGUAAACUUCCCUGGCUCAGAAUAUGUUGAGGGUUACGAGACUGUGUCCAUCAACCCGGAGGAUUUUGCUGGCCAAACUGUGUUGAUCUUGGGCCGAGGGAACUCGGCCUUUGAGACAGCAGAGAACAUUCUGGGUGUCACAAACUUCAUCCACAUGGUGAGCCGGUCCCGUGUGCGCCUCUCAUGGGCAACCCACUACGUCGGGGAUCUGAGAGCAAUUAACAAUGGCCUACUGGAUACCUACCAGCUGAAAUCUCUGGAUGGGCUUCUGGAGGGCGACCUGGAAGAUCUGGCUAUCGUCAAGGACAAGAAAGGGAAGCUGCACAUCACGCUCCGGUUCUACCUGGAGAACAGGAACACCAGCGCAGGCAUCGACUCCAUCACCCUCCCACAGGACGAACUGGAUAAUUUUGCCACCCGUGCACCUUAUGACCGUGUCAUCCGCUGCCUGGGCUGGAAGUUUGACUUCUCUAUCUACAACAGAUCCCUUAGAAUGAUGCCAGGAAAAGGGAAUAAAAAGAAGUAUCCUCAGAUCAAACCUAGUUAUGAGUCCAGAAGCACGCGGGGGCUUUUUGUUCUCGGCACAGCUAGCCACUCUGUUGACUUCAGAAAAUCUGCUGGGGGCUUUAUCCACGGAUUCCGGUACACAACUCGUGCAGUCCACCGCCUAUUGGAAAACCGUCACCAUGGUGUCCCCUGGCCGUCCACAGUCUACCCUAUUACACAGCUGACCAAUUCCAUCAUCAAACGGGUGAAUGAGGCCUCAGGCCUCUACCAGAUGUUCAGUGUCCUGGCUGACAUCAUCCUGCUGAGAGAGAAUGCCACAACAUUUGAAUACCUGGAAGAAUACCCAGUUGGAGUCCUGGCUGAGCUGGAAACGCAGAUGGGGAAAAAGGCUCCCAAUGGGCUGUUUGUUAUCAUCAUGGAGUAUGGGAGGAAUUUCUCUGGGGCUGACAAGGAUGUCUUCUACUACAACCGAGCAGUGGGAGAGGCACAGCAUGCCUGGCAGUCCAACUUUUUGCACCCUGUUAUCUACUACUACAAACACCUCCCAACAGAGCGUGAGAUGAGACUUCGACCCCCGGACUGGCCUCUCCCCCACCCAGAUGCCCUCCAUCACAUCGUGGAGGACUUCCUGACAGACUGGACGGCCCCCAACGCCCACAUCCUGCCCCUGAGGCGGUUUCUGGAGAACUGCCUCGGCACUGACCUGCGCAACUUCUUUGCAGAGUCCUGUUUCCUCUUUGCCUUCACCCGUCAGAAGCUGCCUCCCUUCUGUGGGCAGGGGUACCUCAGAAUGCAAGGGCUGGUGGGGAGCGAGGGGCUCCGGCGCCACGCGGUAGAAGCCGGCCUGCUGCAGGAUUACACUCCCAGUGACUUUUCGGGCGACAAAGCUCCCGACAGCCCUGAAGGGUCACAGGACCAGCUGCUGCGAGACCACGUGAUACCGCUUCGUCCGCUGCAGCACCUUGUUAAUGCCAAGGAUGAACUUUAAACCUUUCUCGCUCCACGCUGAGACCCACAGGUGCUGUCGUGACAAUAUUGUAACAGAGAUCCACAGCAGGAUUCUGCCCUUUCCUGUGCACCUUGUCCAUCCCCAUGCCUUCCACUGAUCGUGAGUUGCCAAAGACCUGCUGGGAUGUUGCUGUUACAAAGAGGAGCAACGUGCUCCGCAGGAUAAGUGAGGGCCAGAGUCCGGUGACGCCUUGCCCUGGCAGAGCUCACGCUUUCCGGAAGAUGGUGGCUGUUUAUCUCCCAGACCGACAUCUGCAGCGACAUCCAGGGGCCAAAGAGGAGAGAAUGCAGGAGCGCCUGGGUGACUUAAAAACGCCACGUCCCUCUUGUGAGGUGACCUGCUGGCACCCUGUGGCAGAGGGUGCCAGCUCUCUGGUCGCUGGAUGCCAUACGCUGCCAACACUUGAAGAUUUGUUUGUGCGACGGAUCCCGAAGCGGUACUCCAGGCAAACUGCCCGGUGGUUUUCCUGCAGAUGGAUUAGGUCAGUUGAGUAGCUGGAGUGGGGAGAGGUGGUCUUUUUUGUUGUUUUUUUUUAAGUUACCAGGUCGGUCAGCUGAUUUGUCAUUUUCCAGAGAGUACUACAAGAGGCCCUUCCCUCUACAGGCUGGGGGAAUGGAGUGCCUGGGACACAGAGACUUUCACUGAGCUCGGCUCCGCUGUCCUCAUGUUUUUCUUCUCCCGCACCAAGCAGCCUGAAACGUUAGCCCCUGUCUUUUAUAAAGCAUGACCAAUGUUU